AUGCGCCAUUUCGACGCCUGGUUCCUCCGCGACCCCUACUCAAUCUUCCACUACUAUCCCACCAACCGCCGCUGGUCAGAAAACAUCCGCGAACUUAUCCAAGAACGCCAAGUCUGCGCCCCAGUCCCGUCUGCCUCUGCAUUCACACCAUCAACCCCGGAUAUUUUCUUGAAAAUCGACCCCCAACUCAACAGCCCCCUCUUCAACCGCCUGCCCCCGGAGAUCCGAUCCAUAAUCUGGUCCCACGUCUUCGGCGAGCCCGUCCUCCACCUCGUUCAGAUCCGCAAUCAAAUCCGCCACGUGCGCUGCCCCAACUCUGUCUCUGCGAUUGACAGGAACCGGCGCUGCUGUCCGGUCACCGCCGCGCGAUGGCGUACAGACGUUGAUACCUCGUCCGCUGCUUCACCAACCGACAGCAACAGCACCAACAAACAACACCCCAACACCGACCCCAACAGUAAACUCUACCCUCACACCCACCCCUCCCUCCCCUCACAUCUCAGCACCACGCCAGCAAGCCUGCUGCGCACCUGCCGCGCGAUCUACAACGAAGCAGCACCCCAGCUGUACCGCCAGGCGACCUUCGAUGUCGACGACCUAUCGACCUGGAUCGCAUUCACCGACCAGGUCAACCCGACCUGCCUGCAGGAGGUGCGGAAAUUGAGCGUGCAGGUCGUCCCGCUGGGAGGGAUACCCCCCCACUCAAUCCACACUUACACGCACAACCCCCACCUCUGGACAACCUUCUGGCAAAGAACCACCACCCAGUGCCCGCACCUCACUGACCUAACCCUCUGCAUCGACCUGGGCCGCUUCACCGCAACCGCCGCCCCCACCGCCACGAACCCAGCCGCGGGCAGCAUAACCGGCGGCUACAAGCUCCCGCUCCACGCCGGCGUGAAUGCGGAAUGGCUACGACCCAUCGUCCAGCGGGUGCGCGGAUUGAAGCGGUUCGAGCUGGCGGUCACGGCGCGGUGCGAUGCGGCGGCGCGGGCGGGGGUGGAGCGGGAGUACACAUCAUCAUAUUAA